AUCCCGCUAUGGGCCCCGUUGCCGCUAGCGACCAAGAGGUGGAGGAGGCCGCAGAGUCCGCAGAUAUUCACCAGCACAUUCUCACCUUCCCAGACGGUUAUGAGACUCAGGUGGGAGAGCGAGGCCUGAAGUUGAGCGGUGGUGAAAAGCAGAGGGUAGCCAUCGCCCGCACCAUCCUCAAGAACCCUCGCAUCAUCCUGCUCGACGAGGCCACCUCUGCUCUGGACACGCAGACUGAGAGGAACAUCCAGGCGUCCCUGGCCAAAGUGUGUGCAGGACGCACCACCAUCGUGGUGGCACACAGAUUGUCCACCAUCAUUGCUGCUGAUCAGAUCCUGGUGCUAAAGGAUGGCCAUAUAGCAGAGCUGGGAAGACAUGAAGAGCUGUUAGCAGCAGGGGGUCUUUAUGCAGCUAUGUGGCAGAAACAGCAGCAGCAGUCUGAAGAUAUGGAAGAGGCCAAGCAGAGACACACUCACACACACUCACAUUCACAAGCAGAUGACACGACACACACUCAGUGAGUGGACCUCAGGGAGAAAAGACACUCACGCAAUGAGAAUCCUGUUACGCACCUGUACACUUCACACACACACACACACACUCACUCACUCACACAGGCACAGAGUGUGUGUGACUUCCUAACUUUUUUUUUUGAAUAAAAUGUCAUUAAAGUGCCAUUAAUUUCAGACAAAACGUUCCUUGGAAUGCUUGGUCUAACCACCUUGGGCCACCAAAGAAACAUGAGAAGACUCCGAAAUUCUGGAAUCUGGUCUUGACCAAUGACAUUUGAAGCUGCUGUGGAAACCUCAGAACACUCAACCAUGGUGAGAUCACAAUGGGCAGGUGUCCAAGACUACAGGGCCUAUCCACUCUCAUCCCUGACCGUUUCAUUCAUGUUUGAUUUCUGGAAAUUUCUCCACACACACACACCCUCUCAGCAGCUGUCAGAGAGCUGAAUCAUUCUGUCAGGAUGCGGGAUGCAUUAAUCCCUGUUCCGUUCAGUGCAAUGGGUGCUGUCUGGGACGUCUGGUUUUCCUCUGUUUCAUCUGAAAAGCUGACUCGCGUUGUUUCCAAGAAAGUGGAAUGCCAUUGCCUGACUUGGCCGGCAGACACCUUUUGUCAGCGUGAUUAAUUUUUCCUGCGAAACACCCAGCGGUCUGGACAGCGUUUGUUUUGAUAGCUUAAUUUGAAUUUAUUUAAUCCAAAACAGUUUUUUUUAAUCAAGAGUUACACCGACAUGUUGGGGAAUCAGAAUGCCGUUCUCACACAGUAAGCAGAGGAUGUGGACGUUCUCAGAGUGUGUGUGUGUGAGUGUGUGUGUGUAUGUGUGUGUGUUCCUGUCAUGUGUUGUUGUUGUUGUUCUAUCAUGAGUUAUUGUUAUUUUUGACAGACUUUGCCUUAAGUGGCUGUUUACAUCAUUCCAGUUUACCUCCUCAAACAGUACAGCUCUGUUUGAAAUAAAGUGGAAAAAAUAUGUUUUGUUUAAGAUAUAAAAACAAAAGUUGCUUGAAUGUUUGAAGAUAUGUUGACGCCAGAGUGUUUGAGUUGAGUCUGUUGUGAGUCUUUGUUCAGGUCUGAGUGGAAUUGUUUAAGGCGAAGGGUGGACAUGAGUUUUCAAAACAACAUGGUUUGUCAUCUUCACCGUUUCAGAGAGGACUUGAGUUUGAAGUCAAACUAUUAUGAUGAGGCCUGUAUGUUAGUAAUUGCCUAUUCAUGAAUAAACUACACUAGAAUUCCGAAAUGUUAUCCUUUUGGUCUUCUGAAUCCCUGAACACUUACACACCCUUUUGUAAAUCUGCAUUACAAAUGUUUGCUUAAAGCAACACCAAAGAGCUUUUUGUACCUUAAAAUAAUGUUUCCAAAAUUGUUUCAGUGGUUCAUCAACUCGGAACA